GACACGGACACGCGUAUUGGACACGCGGACACGCGCAAAUACGCUAGGACACGCGUGUCUGAUUUUGGACACGCGGUGGACACGUGCGUGUCUGGACUAGACACGAAAAUAACAAGGACACGCAGGGGUAUAAUUGAGAUUUAACAUAAAAACCCAAAAAAAGGGAGUACUUCCAGCCUUCACAGCCGCAUUCGUAUGGAAAGGAUCUUCAUCAAAGACGCAGAGGAUUUUCUGAGCCGAGUUGCCAUCGCCGAGGUAUCGUUCAUAGAGAUAUCAAAACAACCAACAUAUUGCUCGAUAGUGACCUCAAGCUAAAAUAGCUGACUUUGGUUUGGCUAAGCUGGACGAAGAGGAGCAUACCCAUAUCAGCACCAGAGUUGCUGGAACUAUAGGAUACAUGGCUCCAGAGUAUGCUUUAUGGGGCUAUUUAACCGAAAAGGCAGAUGCAUACAGUUUUGGAAUGUUAAGCACAAUUCAGGAGUACUAGAGCAACGUAAUUUUAUGCCAUAUCCUCAAAAUUGAAUUUGCUUCUGUUCUGUGUUCUGUUGGGUAUGUUCCUUUUCUCUUCUUCGCUAGUCUGUUUCAUUUUAGGUGUUUGUUAAGCAUAUUGUGUUGUUUGAUCCUCAGGAUCAUGAGUGGAAGAUCAACUCCAAUUAGUUCCAGCGUCGGGUCUGUUAAUGCCGGGUCUGCUAAUGCCGAGUCUGCUAAUGCCGGUUCUAAUACUGGAGGGUCUGGAGGUGGAGAUGCUGAAAAUGAACAAAGGGUAGUAGAUGAUAAAGCUCCUUUAUGGAUGUUUGUUAAGAAGAUUAGCAAACCUCCAACUGGAGGUGGCAAUGCAAUUUUUGCAAGCUGUACUUCAAUGGCUCACACACUAGAGUUAAGAGUCAUUUGCUGAAAGAAGGAACUGCAGGUAUUGCUUCUUGCACCAAGGUUAAUCCUGAAGCAUAUGCUAAAUUACAUGAGUUGGUGAAUGAGUGCAAGGAGAGAUUAGCAAAUGCAGCUAGUAGACAAGUUCCUCUACCAUCAUCAGGACAACAAAAAGGGAGUACUUCGGCUCCUACUACUAGUAGCCCUGGGGAUACUUAUCAUGCCUAUAGGCCAUAUACACAAGAAUUUAGUCAAUUUACAGCAUCUGACAUGGGAAAGAAGAGGAAAACAAGUGGUGGUGCUCUUGCAAAAGCAUGGAAUAACUCGGCUAGGGAGGAAUGUGAUGGUGAGGUUGCGAGGAUGUUCUACACUGGUGGCCUAUCAUUCAAUCUUGCAAGAAAUCCACACUACCGGAUGUCUUAUGUUCGUGCUUCUACUCUUCCUGGCUAUGUUCCACCAGGUUACAAUGCUUUGAGGACCACACUACUUGCAAAGGAAAGAAGGAACAUUGAGAAACAUUUAGAGCCAAUCAAGCUUACAUGGAGGGAUAAGGGUGUGAGUAUAUGUAGCGAUGGUUGGUCCGAUGCACAAAAAAGGCCUUUGAUUAAUGUGAUGGCUACAUGCGAGCGUGGUCCAAUGAUGUUGAGAGCAAUAAAUUGUGAGGGGGAAUACAAGGACCAUAAAUUGAUUGCAAAAUUCCUUAAAAAAGCCAUCAAGGAGGUUGGUUAUGAAAAUGUUGUGCAAGUGGUUACGGACAAUGCUCCCGUUUGUGCAAAGGCCGGUGCAUUGGUAGAAAGUAAGUAUCCUACUAUCUUUUGGACACCAUGUGUAGUUCAUACUUUGAAUCUUGCUUUGAAGAACAUUUGCACACCUUCUAAUAUUGCUCAAAAUAUGGAUGUGUAUGAUGCAUGUUGUUGGAUACAACCGGUUGCGGAGGAUGUAAUGUUUAUUCAAAACUUCAUUAUGAAUCAUGGAAUGAGAUUGGUUAUGUUUAAUGAUCAUUGCAAUUUGAAGUUGCUUUCGGUUGCUCCAACAAGGUUUGCUUCUACUGUUAUUAUGUUUAAGAGGUUCAAGAUGAUCAAGACCGGUUUGCAACAAAUGGUGAUUAGUCCAAAGUUGGAUCACUAUAAGGAGGAUGACUAUAGGAAGGCGGCUUCGGUGAAGGAAAAGUUGCUGGAUGAGUUAAUGUGGGAUGAUAUUGACUACAUCCUUACUUUUACCGAACCGAUAUAUGAGAUGAUUAGGAAAGCGGAUACAGAUAAACCUUGUCUUCAUUUAGUAUAUGAAUGGUGGGAUAACAUGAUUGAGAAAGUGAAGAAGGCUAUCUAUAGGAAGGAAAGAAAGCAAUUGGAUCAAGAGUCUACAUUUUGGAAUGCGGUAUAUGGAGUGUUGAUAAAUCGUUGGACCAAGAGCAAUACUUCCCUUCAUUGCUUGGCACAUUCUUUGAAUCCCAAGUACUAUAGUGCGGAAUGGCUUAAUGAAGAUCCUAAUCGUGUUGCUCCUCAUAAAGAUUUAGAGGUUACAAAUGAAAGAAAAACUUGUUUCAUGCGGUACUUUGCCAAUGAAGAUGAUAGAAGAAAGGUUAACAUAGAAUUUGCCAAUUUUUCUAUGGUCAUGGCUCAUUUUGGAAGUACAGAUGCAAUCAGGGAUAGGUAUUUAAUGGAGCCACUUAUGUGGUGGACAGUCCAUGGAUCUUCGGCACCAACUCUUCAAGGCAUAGCCUUGAAGCUUCUAGGUCAACCUUGUUCUUCCUCAUGUUGUGAAAGAAAUUGGAGUAAUUACAAUUUUAUUCACUCUUUGAAGAGGAAUAAGAUUAGACCACAAAGAGCGGAAGAUUUGGUAUUUGUGCAUACCAAUCUUCGCCUCUUAGCAAGGCAAAGCCAGAACUACAAUCAAGGUAGCACUAAAAUGUGGGAUGUUGGAGGUGAUGAGUUUGAUUCAUUGGAGGACACUAAUGUUGGAAGACUUGAGAUUGCCGAACUUUUACUUGAUGAACCACAAUUGGAGGCGGUUUUGUUUGGUGAUGAUGAUGAUAUUGAAGUGGGAGUCAUUGAAGAAGAUGGUAUUGGUGGAGAUGAGUGAAAUCUAGUUCUCUUCUUUUUAUUUAUCAUGUGUUUUGAUUAUGAAACUUUGUUUGAAUGUGGAUUGACUAAGUUUUAAUUUUAGAAACUAUAUUUUUAAUAUAAAAAUUAAUUAACGUGUCUACCACGUGUCCAAGUCGGACACUUGAGAUUUUGACGUGUCCGCGUAUCGUAUCGUGUCGAAUACGGACACACGUGUCCGUAUCCGUGCAACAUUGGUCC